AUGAGCACUGAGCGUCAUCUGGAGCCGGCCCCCCGACGCCUGCACAUGGCGUGCGAAAUCACGAAAGCCGAGGUCAGAUUACAUAGCGAAAAGACAUGGUGGGUAAAGACAGAUGUUGACGGAAACAAUGUAAGAUGGCAUUAUGAUGCAGUAGUUGGCGAAAAGUAUGACCUGGAGUUUCCAGGUUCACCUAAAUUUCAAACAGGGUUUUUCUCCCUCGCUAUUGAGGCAGACGAACCAAAUGUUCGAGCAAUCUUCAACCGUAUACAAACCGAAUGGAAGGAUAUGAAAGCUAUAGAGGCUCGUGAUUGGAAAAGCGUCUUGCAGGCCUAUGACUGCAUAAUACUAUCAAUACACUUGUCAUACGAAACGUUUAAUGCUGAAAGGAAAGCCUCAGGAUUGGGACAAUUUUAUGCUCUCCCAUGUGCCACAUUCAAGAUUGGCAGCUCUUUCAUCUACACAAUGCUCUUCAUUGGAGGAAGCAGAGAGUAAGUGUUGUAUUAGGCGAAGUUGACGUCAUAAAACAAGGACGCGUAUUGGGUUGGUAAAAUCGUAAAUAGGUCAUGCAUGGGUAUUUUUGAGUAAGUGCUAAAAUCCUGUACUUCAGAUGAGGGUGUGGAUUUUGCUGCCUAAAUGACACAGACGAUGUAAGUAACGCGAUGGUAAAGAAA